UGUCCUUCCCCAAUUAUCCCCUUCUAUCCACCCACACCAGCAAGCCGCUCAGGCGCGCUCUCCGCUCCACCGCCAUGGCGUCCAUCACCCUCCUCUCCCUCGCUCCCGCGGCCACAUUGCUCCACCUCCCGGCCUCCACUUCGCUCUCCACCUCCUUCGUCGCCGCUCCAGGCCCCAUCUCCGGCCGCCGGUCCGUCGUCCUCCGCGCCCGCCCGCGCCGCUGCGUCACGGUCGUGUGCAGCGCCGCGGCGGCCGAGGCCGCGGAGGCGGAGCCCGCGGAGAAGUUCCGGCUCGACAACCUGGGCCCGCAGAAGGGGUCGCGGCGGCGGCCGAAGCGGAAGGGGCGCGGUAUCGCGGCGGGGCAGGGCGCGAGCUGCGGGUUCGGCAUGCGUGGACAGAAGUCGCGCUCGGGGCCAGGCGUCCGGCGCGGGUUCGAGGGAGGGCAGAUGCCGCUCUACCGCCGCAUCCCCAAGCUGCGCGGCAUUGCUGGAGGAAUGCAUAUUGGCUUGCCGAAGUAUGUGCCGUUCAAUUUGAGAGACUUGGCGCGUGGCGGGUUCAAGGAUGGUGACGAGAUAUCAUUGGAAUCCUUGAAAUCGAGGGGUUUGAUUAAUCCGUCUGGCAGGGAGAGAAAGCUUCCUCUGAAGAUUUUAGGAGAUGGUGAUGUAUCAGUCAAGUUGAAUAUCAAGGCUGGGGCAUUCUCUGCUUCAGCCAAGGAGAAGCUCGAGGCAGCUGGUUGUACUUUAAGUCUGGUACCAAAGCGGAAGAAAUGGCUACCACAAUCUUAUCUGAAGAACCAAGCUCGUGCAGAAGAAUACUUUAGCAAGAAAAAUGGUGGUGCUGGUGAAUCUGAUGAAGCAUCUGCAUAGAAUUCAUAUACACUGGUAUGGAAGAGAUCCAAAUCAAAAUUCAGAGGUAUACAAGGGAGUGAAGGAAAUUCAUGGGCAUAGAAGGGAUCGGCUAAAAUUUCAGGGGUAUGGAAGGAAUUUUCUCUCUUUUAAAUGUGAUGUAUGUCAAAUGUCAGUAUGCAUACCCCCCAACACACACCCUCACCCUCUUGUGAUCUUGCACUUAUACUUCAAGUUGCCUAUAGUAUUGUUGUCCAUGUUGUGUUAUAGUUUGGUGACAGUCUUUCUAAACAAAAACAAUGAUGGUUCAUCUAGGAGCUAAA